UCUUCCCUCCCGCCAUGGCCGACGAGCCCCACGAGAAGUUCUUGGCCCCCGACGAGCCCGGCGCCCUCCUCUCGCCGCCGCCCCGCGCGGCGGGCAGCCUGAGCUUGGGCGACGAAGGCCCCGCUUGCCUGGACGUCAGCGACUUCGGGUGCCACCUCUCGUCCUGCCACCGCACCGACCCGCUGCGCCGCCUCCACGCCCACAGGUGGAACUUGACUUCUUGUGGAACGAGUGUAGCCAGCUCAGAGUGCAGCGAGGAACUGUUUUCUUCUGUGUCUGUCGGUGACCAGGAUGACUGUUACUCUCUGUUGGAUGAUCAAGAGUUGACAUCAUUUGAUUUGUUCCCCGAGGGUAGUGUCUGCAGUGAUGUCUCUUCUUCUAUUAGCACAUAUUGGGACUGGUCAGACAGUGAAUUUGAAUGGCAGUUGCCUGGCAGUGACAUUGCAAGCGGAAGUGAUGUACUCUCUGACAUCAUACCUAGUAUUCCAAGCUCUCCUUGCCUGCUUCCGAAAAAGAAAAACAAGCACAGAAAUCUUGAUGAGCUACCAUGGAGUGCAAUGACUAAUGAUGAACAGGUUGAAUAUAUUGAAUAUCUGAGUCGCAAAGUCAGCACUGAGAUGGGGCUUCGAGAGCAACUGGAUAUUAUUAAAAUUAUUGAUCCCACUGCUCAGAUUUCACCUACAGAUAAUGAGUUCAUUAUAGAAUUAAAUUGCCUCACCGAUGAAAAGCUGAAACAGGUCAGAAACUACAUCAAGGAACAUGGGCCUCGGCAGCGGUCUGCCAGAGAGAACUGGAAGCGGAGUGGCUACAGCUGUGGGAGUGCCAGCGGCGUGAGCGGUGCCAGCGCCAGUAGCAGCAGCGCCAGCAUGGUCAGCUCAGCAAGCAGCAGCAGCUCCAGCGUUGGCAACUCUGGUUCGAACUCCAGCGCCAACAUGAGUCGGGCACACAGCGAUAGUAACUUAUCUACAAGCGCUGCGGAGCGAAUCCGGGACUCAAAAAAACGUUCUAAACAACGCAAGCUGCAGCAAAAGGCUUUGCGGAAGAGGCAGCUGAAAGAGCAGAGGCAGGCUCGGAAGGAGAGGCUGAGUGGCUUGUUUCUUAAUGAAGAGGUGCUUUCCUUGAAAGUGACAGAGGAGGACCAUGAAGGAGACGUGGAUGUCUUGAUGUGACAGGGACAAACUUGUCAGUGUUCUUUCUAAGCCUUAAGCAUUUCUUAUUGUUUACAUACAUACACUUCUACCAAAACUGUGGUUAGAUGUGGGGCUCACUAUCCUCUAUUGUAUGGCGCUCCUCCAUAUAUUUUAGAAAUAUUAAUUUUGCAAGCGAUAAGAGAUCAGGAAGGUAUCCUU